ACAACAAACUCCGCCUACGCCGGCAAAAAUCUGUGAAACCGCCACGAAAACCUUUAAAAGGGGAAAAAUCUAACAAUAACCAUGAUCGAGACACUGUAUAACCUGCCCUUCCACAUCCUGGUGCCGCCCAAUAUCAAGGUGCGGAAAUUCAGCAUUCCAAUGCCAUCGCCAAUGGCUGUUUUCAGUUUGGUAUUGUUUUCCUAUUUUCUGGUCACAGGCGGAAUUAUUUACGACGUGAUCGUGGAGCCCCCGAGUGUGGGAGCCACCGUGGAUGAGCAUGGCCACUCGCGUCCGGUGGCCUUUAUGCCCUAUCGCGUCAAUGGGCAGUACAUCAUGGAGGGAUUGGCCAGCAGCUUCCUGUUCACCGUCGGCGGCCUGGGAUUCAUCAUCAUGGACCAAACCCAUUCGCCGGGCAAGACCAAUCUCAAUCGCCUGCUGCUCACCGCCAUGGGAUUCAUCUUCAUCCUGGUCUCCUUCUUCACCACCUGGCUGUUCAUGCGCAUGAAGCUGCCCAGCUACCUGCAGCCCUAGAAUCUCUACUAAAAACGCACGGAUCGGAGCUCUCUUAGUAUUCUCUUACAGUCGACAAAAUCUCUAAAUCUCGGGGAUGCCCCCUAAAUCUCUUUCAACCUAAUUUAUGUAUUUUUUGUUUGAAAGUGAGAUGUCGGGGAUAACUCCACAUAAGAAAUUCCAGUUUAAAAGGCUUCAAGCUACUGAAAAAACGAUCAAAGGCAUUCCUAAAACUGAUUUUGAUAUUGUCUAUAAAAAUUUAAUAA